UAUAAAUAUCACAUUGUCCAAUUGCGUUUGUCUCCAAAUGGCGAUUAAAAACAUUAUUUCUGCAACCUAUGUCCUACUCUUGCUCCUCCUCUUUCAUCCUUUGGCCUCAUGCACCAAAAACAAACAGGUUUAUGUAGUUGAGUUGAUUAGAGAGCACACUAGUGAAGAUCAUAAACCACUCCAUGAAAUAGAGAAUACCCAUCACUCUUAUUUGCUUUCUGUGAAAGAAACUGAGGAGGAAGCAAGAGAUUCCCUUCUUUAUAGUUACACACACACUAUCAAUGGCUUCGCAGCAUUGCUUACCCCAAAAGAAGCAAAUAAGCUCUCAGAAAUGGAGGGAGUGGUCUUUGUGCAUAAGAACCAACCAAGGAUCUACUCCUUGCACACCACAAGGUCAUGGAAGUUCGUGGGGUUAGAAGGGCCUUUAAAUCCAUGGGAAGAAGAAUCUGAUCAGCCAAAUGGAGACUUGUUAACCAGAGCAAAAUAUGGGAAAGAUGUCAUAGUAGGAAUGAUUGAUAAUGGUGUGUGGCCAGAAUCAAAGAGCUUCAGUGAUGAAGGGAUGGAGCCUGUUCCGAAAAAAUGGAAAGGAGUGUGCCAAAAUGGAACUGCUUUUGGUUCGUCUCAAUGUAAUAGGAAGAUCAUUGGAGCUCGUUACUAUUUGCAUGGUUAUGAAAGCUUAUUUGGUUCUCUAAACGAAAAGGAAGAUUACAAAUCAGCUCGUGACAAAGAUGGGCACGGAACUCACACAGCGUCAAUAGUUGCGGGGCGUUCAGUUCCAAAUGCCUCAGCCAUUGGAGGCUUUGCUAAAGGCACUGCCACAGGAGGAGCCCCUUUAGCACGCCUUGCCAUAUACAAAGCAUGUUGGCCAAUUAAAGGAAAAUCAAAAGAUGAAGGCAACGUUUGCACAAACAUUGAUCUUCUCAAAGCAAUUGAUGAUGCCAUUCAUGAUGGUGUUCAUGUUUUAAGCAUUUCCAUUGGCUUCUCUUCACCAAUCUCUUAUGAGGAUGAUUUCAUUGCCAAGGGUGCUUUGCAUGCUGUAAGGAAGAACAUUGUUGUGGUUUGUAGUGCUGGCAACUCCGGUCCUUUACCUCGUACGUUGUCAAACCCUUCACCUUGGAUCAUCACUGUUGGUGCUAGUACUGUGGACCGUUCCUUUCUUGCUCCAAUUAGGCUGAGCAAUGGCACAUGUAUCGAGGGUCGAUCAAUCGCCCCCGUCCACACGGGAAACAGCUUCUACCCGUUGAUUCUCGCUAGAGAUGUUGAACAACCAGGGGUGCCUAGUUCAUAUUCUGGGUAUUGCUUAGACAAUACCCUUCAACCCAACAAGGUCAAGGGUAAGAUAGUUCUCUGCAUGAGAGGGCAAGGAGGAAGAUUAAAAAAAGGCCUAGAAGUUCAAAGGGCUGGUGGUGUUGGUUUUAUCCUUGGGAACAAUGAAAAAUAUGGGAAUGAUGUACCAAGUGAUACUCAUUUCAUUCCAGCCUCGGGGGUGUCCUAUGAGAAUGCCUUAAAACUUACUCACUAUAUCCAUUCUACCCCCAAUCCAGUGGCAAAAAUUCAACCAGGAAGAACAGUGUUAAAUACCAAACCAGCACCUUCCAUGGCCUCCUUCUCCAGCAGGGGUCCAAAUAUAAUUGACCCCAAUAUUCUCAAGCCUGACAUUACAGCUCCAGGAGUAGAGAUAUUGGCAGCAUGGACAGCUAAAGAUGGCCCUACACGAAUGACUUUUCACGACAAACGAGUGGUUGAGUACAACAUCUUCUCAGGAACUUCAAUGUCAUGCCCUCAUGUUGCAGCAGCAGCUGUUCUUCUCAAAGCCAUAUACCCUACUUGGAGCAGUGCUGCUAUAAGAUCUGCGCUCAUUACUACAGCCAUGACAACAGACAACACUGGCAAUCCAUUGAAGGAUGAAACUGGAAAUAUUGCAACACCUUUUGCUAUGGGUUCAGGCCACUUACACCCCAAAGGAGCAGCAGAUCCAGGACUGGUUUAUGAUGCAUCCCACAUGGACUACCUUCUUUACACUUGUAGCCUUCGAGUAACUCAGAGAUCAAAUAUUACAUAUAACUGUCCAAAGUCAUUUCCUGAACCGUUCGAGCUCAAUUAUCCGUCCAUACAAAUCCAUAGACUCGACUACACUAGGACUAUUAAGAGGACAGUCACCAAUGUUGGUAUGAGCACAAGUGUAUACAAGUUCAGUGCCAAGUCACCAAAGGAGUACUCUAUCAAAGCCACUCCAAACAUUCUAAAAUUUAAUCAUGUUGGUCAGAAAGUGAACUUCAUCAUCACAGUGACAGCAAACAUGAGUCAGGUGAAGUAUGGCCCAGAUAAGUACUAUUUUGGAUGGUAUGCUUGGACUAACGAACAUCAUGUCGUAAGAAGCCCAGUGGCAGUAUCAUUUGCAUAAAAAUAGCAGCGUGUCUGCAUAUUUUCAUUAAUAUAUUUUGGUGCUUUUUCCUUCUGACAUUUUUCUUGUGCUAUCCAAAUUCCGAAGUCCAAAGGUCAAAUAAUUGGAGAAUAUUGGAAAGGCAGGAAACAGAUAGGAUACGGAUUAUUAAAGCAACG